AUUCGAAAUAUCGAGCGAUUAAUUUUUCUCAAGCAAUAAAUUCUCUGUUCCAUUUAAUUUAUCUGUUUAAUCUUUUUCUCAGUUAAUUUAAUAAUAUUUAAGAUUUCCUCUGUUUGUUUUGUUUCUGUUCCACAGAAAGGGAAAGAAAAUCUAGAGAGAGAAAGGAGGGGGAGAGAGAAAGUAGAGCGAGAGAGAUCCUUUUUCAGAUCUGAAGAAAAAGAUAAGGAUGAAAAGCAGGAAAAGAGGUCUCUGAUCUGAAAUUUGGUUUUGGAAUUUUUCUAUCGGAGAGAUUUAAAGGUGUGCUGCAGAUGAGAGUGGUCUUUGCUGUAGAAAAGCAUCUGAGCCUUGUCGCUUCCCAUUCACUGAGAGACUGUACGUUGAAGAAAAGAGACCUUCACUUUCCCGGGAAAUUUUCAUUUUCCGGCACUUUCUGUGAGUAUCGGACAUUUGAACAGCUGAGCCUCAGAAUUUAUUUGAGAUAAUUGGCCGCGUGAUUGGGACCUUCGAGAAGCGAGAAAAUUACACGACGAGAGCUGGAGAGGUUUUCGGCUUUGACAAUCCGAGAGUGCGAAGUUUUGUAUGGAGGGUGAAUGCGUGAUGCCUGAUGGCUGAGAAGCAGCUGAAAGGACAGUAAGAGCGAGGGAGCAGGGAGGAGAUAGACAUUCUAGGGUUUCGUAGAGAGAGAAAGAGAGAGGAUCGAGAGGACGAAACUGCCAAGGACUGUUUGGUAUGGUGAAUUUUCUCUGAUUAUGCUAUUCUGUCGCUGGACGAACGAAGCAUUUAUGCUGAGAAAAAAGUAAUGAAGUGAGAGUAAACGUCACUGCGCUGCUGCAAACAACACUGUUUGAUUACCACUUUCGUCGACAAAUUGCAGAGACAGGCAGAGCACACAGUAACAAUGAUGGAGCCCGAGAAGAGCUUGGACUCUCAACUAUGGCACGCCUGUGCGGGAAGUAUGGUCCAGAUGCCUCCGUUGAACUCCAAGGUCUUCUACUUCCCGCAGGGCCACGCUGAGCACUCUCACGCAACCGUCGAUUUCGGGUCGUCGCCGGGGCUUCCGCCGCUCAUCCUCUGCAGAGUUGCGCAAGUGAAAUUCAUGGCGGACCCUGAAACCGAUGAAGUUUUCGCCAAAUUGAGGCUGGUUCCUGCGGGUAACGGUGAUCUCGACUGCGAGGACGAUGGGGUCUUGGGUACGAAUGGGUCUGAGGCUCGCGAGAAACCAGCCUCUUUCGCGAAAACACUGACUCAAUCGGAUGCGAACAAUGGAGGGGGUUUCUCCGUUCCGCGUUACUGCGCGGAGACGAUUUUUCCCCGAUUGGAUUACUCGGCGGAUCCUCCAGUUCAGACCGUAAUUGCGAAGGAUGUUCAUGGCGAAAUUUGGAAGUUCCGGCAUAUUUAUCGGGGGACACCUCGCCGGCAUCUCUUGACAACCGGGUGGAGUACUUUUGUGAACCAGAAGAAGUUGGUUGCAGGAGAUUCGAUUGUGUUCUUGAGGGCCGAGAAUGGGGAUCUCUGCGUCGGAAUCCGGCGGGCCAAGCGCGGAAUUGCUGGUGGAUCGGAGUCGCCAUCUGGGUGGAACUCUGGUGCCGGAAACUGUGUCUCUCCGUACGGGGGAUUCUCUGUCUUCUUGAGGGAAGAUGAGAACAAAUUAAUGCGGAAUGGCUGUUGUGGAAACCUAAAUUCUGGUGGGGGAUUGAGGGGAAAAGGAAAAGUGAAGCCUGAAUCCGUCGUGCAAGCUGCAGCUCUUGUUGCUAAUGGUCAGCCCUUUGAAGUUGUUUACUACCCACGCGCAAGCACGCCGGAGUUCUGCGUGAAGGCUUCGGAGGUGAGGGCAGCAAUGAGGAUCCGUUGGUGUUCUGGGAUGAGGUUCAAAAUGGCAUUUGAAACAGAGGAUUCAUCCCGGAUCAGCUGGUUCAUGGGAACCAUAUCGUCGGUUCAGGUGGCUGACCCCAUUCGCUGGCCUAAUUCCCCUUGGCGGCUUCUCCAGGUGACAUGGGAUGAACCAGAUUUGCUGCAAAAUGUGAAGCGUGUCAGCCCAUGGUUGGUUGAGUUGGUAUCAAACAUGCCUGUCAUCAACUUAUCACCCUUUUCACAGCCAAGAAAGAAAUUGCGGCUUCCACAACACCCAGACAUUCCCCUUGAUGGCCAAUUUCCAAUGCCAUCAUUUUCAGGCAACCCCCUUGGGCCCAGCAGCCCCUUGUGUUGUCUAUCUGAUAACACUCCUGCAGGCAUACAGGGAGCCAGGCAUACCCAUUUUGGAAUAUCGAUCACAGAUCUCCAACUUUACAAUAAACUGCAGUCAGGGCUGUUUAUACCCAGUUUCCAGCAGUUUGAUCAGCCUUCUAAAAUGUCUGAUAGCAUCACAACAGGCCAUACAAACUGCAAUGAGAAUAUAUCUUGCUUGCUUACUAUGGGAAAUUCUAGUCAGAAAUUGGAGAAAUCUGAUGAUUUAAAGAAACCCCAGUUCAUACUAUUUGGCCAGCCAAUACUCACUGAGCAACAAAUCUCUCGUAGCUGUUCAACUGAUGCAGUCUCACGAGUUUAUUUUGAAAAAAGUUCAUCACAUGCAAAUCUUGAAAAGUCAAACAAAUUUUCUGAUGGUCGAGGAUCUAUACUUGAACAACAGAGUCCAGCUGAAAACUUAUCCAGUGCCAGGAACCUUGGAUUUCAUUCAGCUGAACUUGGCCUGGAUACUGGUCAUUGCAAGGUUUUCAUGGAGUCGGAGGAUGUUGGACGAACUCUUGACCUCUCAGUCCUUGGGUCUUAUGAAGAGCUAUACAGAAGGCUGGCCAACAUGUUUGGGGUAGAAAGAUCAGAGACACUAAACUGCAUACUCUACCGUGACGCAACCGGGGCUAUUAAACAUGCUGGGGAUGAACCGUUCAGUGAUUUUAUGAAAACAGCAAAAAGACUCACAAUACUGAUGGAUUCGGACCGUAGCAGUAUUGGAAAGCCAGGGAUUACAGGUCUGCGGAAUGCUGAUAAUGGACUAGAUUCUUCCAGCAAGACAGGUCCCCUGAGCAUAUUUGCAUGAGUUCAAGAGUGGAUGUAGAAGACCAUGAAUGCUCGUUGAAGAGUUCCCAUGCUGUUCUAGUUAUAUAGUUAGGAGACACGGUGUGAAACUCCAUUUUCAUUCGUAGUAAGGUCUAAAGACAUUGCUUCGGAAGUGUCAUAUGUUUUUUCAAAUACUGAUGCCUAAUAUAGUGCUAAGCUUUCAUGCCUGAACAUGCAUAAUUUCACCUGUAAUAGUUAUGUUUUGACCUCUGCUAGUCUGCAUCAUAAGAGAAAUUCCAGUCACUCUAGGCGUAGCCAUAGUUUGGAAUUUAGACUCUUGAGCAAGAUUCAUGAAUUAACUUCUCCAUUCCUAGAGUAGCGUUUUUUUUUUUAUUGGGGUGGGGGGCAUUUUUUUGAAAAUAUCUUAGAUCAUUUAACUAGUGUUUUGAUGAUCCUGGAGUGAGAGAGAGAGAGAGAGAGAGAGAGAGAGAAUCGAGCUUUCUUAACUAGAGUGGAGAUUGACCUCAUUGGAUUGUAUACCAGGAUUCAUGGAUAAACUGAACUAUGUAAUGCAUAUUGCAGUAUCAAAUUGCUCUUCAUCA